CGUAAACUGAAGGCUAAAGCUACCGUAAUGUAUGCCAGUUUUUUUGUGUGUAACAUUUCAAGUAUUCAUAAAUAAUCAUGAAGUGUGCAAGCAUUUAUGACAAACUUAAGUCAUGUAUCCAGGAAGAACAUAAGAAGUAGUGACAAUACAGCGGCUUUCAUUGAAACAGAAGUAGAUAGAAAUAUGGAAGUUUGUAAUAAAACAGGAGAAGCAGAUACAAGUAAUGAAGUUGGUAAUAAAACAGAGGGAGCAGAUAGAAGUAUGGAAGUUUGUAAUAAAACAGAGGGAGCAGAUAGAAGUAUGGAAGUUUGUAAUAAAACAGGAGAAGCAGAUAGAAAUAUGGGCUUGUGCCUGAAAACAGGAACAGAUAGAAAUAUAGCAGUUUCCAAUAAAUCAGAACUUAAUUUUGAUAUAAAAAAGUUUACAUUGGUGGCAAUCGCUAUCUUUAUAAUAUUCUUGGGCCUUGAUUCGUUAUUUGGAAUGUCAAUGGAUGUAUUGUGGAUGACGAAGUCGGGACCAUUUGGUGACUCGGAGAAUAAUGAUUUCAAGACAAGCCUGUCUGAUAAACAAAGGUCAAACUCUUGGAAGCAUGCCCCAGAGAAGACAGCAUCGUAUCUUUACUUAGAUUACUCCUUUGAACGUUUUGAAACUGUUAAUUUAGACAGUAUUUCUGAAGAUGAUAUGAUAGGUCCUCCGUUGGACAUUCCCUCCAGUAAAAAGCAGUGUGACAUUACAAAUCCAUCAGAGAAGUUUGAUUGCUUCCCUGAAAAAAGUAUUUCAGAAGAAGGUUGUAUGAGAAGGGGUUGCUGUUGGCAAAAAGAUGCGACUAGAAGAAAACCACUGAAGUCCAGGAAUGAAAAUGACACUCAAGCUCCUGUAGAUGUACCGUACUGUUUCUAUCCUAGAAACUUUCCUGGUUAUUCUGUUGAUGAAAGAAAAGACACACCACUUGGAUUUAGUAUGAAUCUUUCAGGACAACCACCAACCUACUACCCUAGAGGCGUCAGACAGCUUGCAGUAGAAGUUUACUAUGAAACUAAUCAACGAUUACAUGUUAAGGUUUAUGAUCCUAAUAUCAAACGUUAUGAAGUACCAAUGAGUGUUCCUAAGGCAGACCAGAGAGCCGCCAAUCCUGCCUAUACAGUGACAGUCAGUGAGACGGGAACGCCAUUCUGGCUCAGCGUAACUAGAAAAUGUGACAACUCUGUUCUGUUUUCCACAAAAGGAGCAGCUCCGUUGAUAUUUACAGAUCAGUUCCUCCAGUUAUCAUCUCUGCUACCAUCUCCAUAUAUUUAUGGUAUUGGUGAACAUAGAAACAACUUGAUGCUAAACAUGAACUGGACAAGGAAAACGUUGUGGAACAGAGACCACUACCCUUUGGAAGGUACAAAUAUGUAUGGUUCUCAUCCUUUUUAUCUCGUCAUGGAAGAAAGUGGAAAAGCAAAUGGAUUCUUCCUCCUGAACAGCAAUGGAAUGGACGUUGUUUUGCAGCCGUAUCCAGCUGUUACCUGGAGAACCAUUGGCGGAAUUCUGGAUUUCUAUAUUUUUGUUGGUCAGAAACCUGCUGAUAUUGUCAGAGAAUACACAAAUGUUGUUGGUCGAACAUUUAUGCCACCAUAUUGGAGUCUUGGAUUUCAUAUUUGCAAAUUUGGCUACAAGUCGGUCAAUGAUACUAUGAUGGUUGUAAACAGAGUAAGAAAAGCUGAAAUUCCCCAUGAUACACAGUGGAAUGAUAUUGACUAUGCUGUUGGUAGACUAGAUUUUACAACAGAUGUUGAAAGAUUUGGUGAUCAAGCUGCCAUGGUAGAUGAACUACAUAGAAGGGGAAUGAAAUACAUUAUCAUAGUGGACCCAGGCAUUAGCAAUAGUCAACCCUUGGGAUCCUACAGUCCCUAUGAUCUUGGAGUUGAGAUGGACAUUUUCAUCAAGAAUGAAUCGAAUAAACUCUUUGUUGGACGGCUAUGGCCGGGGACAACCGUUUUUCCUGACUGGAGUAACGGGAAGUCUCACACAUACUGGGCUAAACUAAUUGGAGAGUUUUGGAAACAUGUUGCCGUAGAUGGAUUGUGGAUUGACAUGGAUGAACUAGGCACUUUCGCUGAUGGAUCCGUGACCGGUUGUGAUAAAAAUUCUGAAUAUAACUCACCACCCUACUUACCUGAUGUAGCGGGUGGCACGUUGUAUAGCAGAACGAUUUGUCCCUCAGCUAGACAGAAAUUGUCAACGUAUUAUAAUCUGCAUAAUAUGUAUGGCAUGAUGGAAACCAAUGCAACAUAUCACGCUUUGAAGUCAUUACCAUUACGGAGAAGACCAUUUGUGAUUUCAAGGUCAACUUUCUCAGGUCAAGGUCACUAUGGAGGUCAUUGGACUGGAGACAAUAUAGCCACAUUUUAUGAUUUAUAUAAAUCUAUAUCAGUUAUUCUGACAUUCAAUAUGGCUGGUAUACCGAUGGUUGGUGCAGAUAUAUGCGGUUUUCAGCACGAUACAACAUAUGAGUUGUGUCUAAGAUGGUAUCAACUCGGAGCAUUCUAUCCAUUUUCUCGCACCCACAGUGAUAAGCCCACGAGAUAUCAAGACCCAGGAGCUUUUGAUGAUUUUUUUGCUGCAAGUGUGCGAGAUGUUUACCAAACAAGAUAUUCAUUGUUGCCAUAUCUGUAUACACUAUUCUACGAAAGCUACACAACGGGCACUCCAGUUGCAAGAGCCAUGUUUUAUGAGUUUCCAAAUAACAAGGAUACCUACCAUAUUGAUAAUCAAUUCAUGUGGGGAUCAGGGCUUCUCAUUGCGCCAGUUCUAACAGAGAAAUCAAGAUCUGUCGACGUAUACUUGCCAUUGAACAGUGUAUGGUACAACUUUUACUCAGGUCAGCGGUUGACUGGCAAGGGUAAGAACAUGACCUUGCCUGCUCCACUGAAUAUCAUUAACCUGCUGGUACAAGCUGGAUCCAUUAUACCGAUGCAAGAAUAUGCUCUUACCACUACGGAAAGCCGCCUGAAAGAUUUCUCAUUAUUGAUUGCUAUGGGAACCAACGGCACGGCUUCUGGCUCUCUAUAUUGGGAUGAUGGUAUAACGCAAGAAUCAUUGGAAAUGGGAAGUUAUAAUUUUGUGGAAUUCACUCUGACAGAGAAUAAGGUUCGAUCUAAAGUUCAAGUGGCAAGAUACGAGGACUGGAUGUUGAUGAAGAAUGUAACUAUAUAUGGAGUGGAUCUGUGCCCCGUAAACGUAACAAUGAACGGAGCUGCCCAAGCAUUUGCAUAUGAUUCCAGUUAUAAAGUUUUGAAGAUGCCCACUUUGAAACCGAGAAUAAGCUUGUUGAAGGAUUUCUUACUAACCUGGGAAUACUCGCCAUGAACACUGUGAUUAAUUCAUACAUACAUUAAAGCAUUUUCAUGAAAAUCACUUUAUUUUUCUAGCAUUCUAUAACCUUGUAGCAGUUACAUACACCUCAGUGCCUACUGGAUGUAUGUUUUAUGUUGUUGUUUUUUUUCAGCAUAAUUCCUUCAGAGUGCCAUUAACAUUAUUGUAAAUCUUUUUUCACA